CUGCAGCUUUUUUCAUGUAGCCUAAUUAUUUGGUAUUUCCAGAAACUGGCUCAUCCGGUUGCCUCCGCCUGAAUAUUAACUAGUUCCUUUGAUGUGACCGCUUUAUGUUUUAUUUGGCCGCCGCAUGAAUUCUCCCACCGGAUUCUCGCCGGUGUACUCUGCUGUCCUCCACCACCUGCACCUCCUCCUCCUCCUCCUCCUCCUCCUCCUCCUGCUCCUGCUCAGACGGCCGAUUCUAGCAGAGGGCACUACCCUCCUCCUCUUCCUCCCCGCCGCUAAAGACAUUUUGAUCGUCUACCUCCCCGGUUCCCCCCAACCGGACUCGGCCAUCACUCCGCCUGCCUCCUCCUCCUCCUCCUCCUCCUCCUCAACCACCACCACCACCACCACCUCCUCAGUAACAUGUCGGGACAGUCAUUGACGGACCGGAUCGCCGCCGCACAGCACAGCAUGACCGGGUCUGCCAUCAGCAAAGCCGUCUGCAAGGCCACGACGCAUGAAGUCAGCGGACCCAAGAAGAAGCACCUUGACUACCUGAUCCACUGCACCAAUGAGCUGAACGUCAGCAUCCCCCACCUGGCAGACACGCUGCUUGAGCGCACAGCGAGCAACAGCUGGAUAGUGGUUUUCAAAGCGCUAAUCACCACACACCACCUCAUGAUGUAUGGCAACGAGAGAUUGAUGCAGUACCUUGCCUCCAGAAACACACUCUUCAACCUCAACAACUUUCUAGAUAAGGCUGCACUACAAGGUUACAACAUGUCAACUUUCAUCAGACGCUACAGCCGCUACCUGAAUGAAAAAGCCAUGUCGUACAGACUAGCAGCAGUGGACUUCACCAAGAUGAAGAGAGGGGCUGAUGGUGUGAUGCGCACUAUGAACAAAGAGAAGCUGAUUAAAACUCUGCCUACCAUCCAGAACCAGCUGGAUGCACUGCUGGACUUUCAGCCAAACUCCAACGAGCUGACCAAUGGCGUGAUAAACACAGCUUUCAUGUUGCUGUUUAAAGACUCCAUACGGCUGUUUGCUGCUUACAACGAAGGAGUGAUCAACAUGCUGGAAAAAUACUUUGACAUGAAGAAGAACCAGUGCAAAGAAGCUUUGGAGAUCUACAAGACUUUCCUCAACAGGAUGACCAAACUGUCGGAGUUUCUCAAAGUGGCAGAGCGAGUUGGGAUAGAUCAGGGCGACAGCCCCGAUCUCACACAGGCUCCCAACUCUCUCCUGGAGGCUCUGGAGCAGCAUUUAGCCUCUCUGGAGGGCAGGAAGCUAAAGGACCUCUCUGCUGCCAGCAGAUCCAGCACCUUGUCCAGCGCUGUAUCCUCUCUCUCCAGCACUGGGAUCUCUCUCAGCCAUAUGGACGACAAGACGGACGACAACAGACUGCUGCAACACAAGGAGGAUGGUCACAAGGUUAUUGACAUCCAAACACCCAAUGCGUCACCCAGCACCCAGUCAGUGGGAAGUGCCAACAGCAGUGGAGGGGCCACAGAUCUCUUCUCCAACUCACCGAUUGUUCCCGUCAACAACCACGUGCCAAACCUGACCAGUGAGCUGUUCACCCUGCAGCCUAACUUCACCCCCAUCCAGACCACACACACUGUGCCCAACAAUAACAAUGCCUGGGGAGGUGAUCUGCUAAAGCCGGCCCCGCAUACUCAAAUUCACAGCCCCGGAGCCCAUUUGCACUCUGGGAAAAUGCUGCAUAAUGAUUUGGACUCUUCAUUAGCCAACCUGGUUGGCAACCUUCAGUUUGGAGGGCCAGCUAAAAAGCCGGAGCUACAGUGGAGUCAGCUAGUAGAAAAGAAGCCCACAGGGGGAAGUGGUUGGCAGUCAAAGACUAUGUGCACCAGCACCAACUGGACUCACACCACUCAUCCCAUGGCACCUGCACCCAUGCCCGUCCAGCAGAUGAAUGGGAUGAUCUAUACUGGCUAUGCUCCAGCACCAGUGGCUUUUCCUAUGACGACACCUCAAGUGCCUGUGUACGGAAUGCUCCCUCCUCAGAUGAGUCAUCAGAUGGGGGGAGUUCCCAUGAUGCCCCCUCAGCCUGUCAUGUACAACCAGCCUGUCCUGAGACCCACCAAUCCCUUUGGACCCAUCCCGGGCACACAGAUGCACUUCAUGUAGGGAUGAUGUGGUAACCAUGGCAGCAAAGCCGCAAGAAAAAAGAGAGAGAAAGAGAAAGAAAACAAACUCAGAACCAAAUCCAGUGCCAGAGGAAGAAGGAAGAGGACAGAGAGGAAAAAGGGGGAGGGGAGAGGAAGAAGGAGAGGACCAGAGGAGGGACAAGAGAAGAAAUGCUGAUGCCUGUUUCCAUGUCGCCUCACCCUCUAAUCUCCUCUCCUCUCUCCAUGUGGCUACUGAUCACUCAGUCUCAGAAUCUGUAAUGCCAGGGCACCAGAGGCUCCGCAUCAAUCCCACUCAUCCUCGUUUGAUUUGCCAAUUCAAACUGCGUUUACGACUCGUGAUGACGCUACGACUGAAAGCUUAUGGAAGUGCAGAUUCCCACUUCCUGACCUCAUCCUUGUGUAUAAUUCCCCUCUGUAAAGAACUUUCCCACGUUCCUCUCCAACCCACAACUGAAUCAAACUCGGGAGAACGCAUCUCUUUCUCUGAUUGAAUUGUUUGCUGGCACUUUACUCAAUGUGAACUUUGCCAAGGGUGUGUCUGUGUAGGUGAUUUUAGCAUCUUGUUGAGAUUGGUCCCCCCUUGUUAAGUGUCAUUCAUCACCUGAUGUCAGAAGUAAUUGAUUUGACUGUGUGUGUAUUUCCCUUUUUCUACAUUUCAAGAGGCUGCAUCAACGUUACCGUUUGAGCCUUUUUACGAGCUCCAUUUGUUCUAAAUUGCCAACUUUACAUCAAGAACCGAGCUUGGAGCGACCGUUUGUGUGUGUCUGUGUGUGGUGAUGGACGUGGCCAUGUAGAGUAUGUCCUGUAUGUUCUUUGGUACCUGAUGUCAUAAGUGUGUUUCCAGGUACCAAUGUGUUACUGCACUGGAACUAAAUAAUGAAAGCACUGAGCCAGACCCAGGCAUCGCAUUAGGAUGCAACCAAACUUCUUAGGCUUAAUUCUUUGGGAUGUGAUGUACACUCUGUGUAUCUUGUAUUUUUUGUUUCGCUCCGACAUAGCUGUGCAAUACCAUACAAUCUCAUUAUUGUCUUUUCCACCCAUGUGUAGCCUGUUUAGAAGCUGUUUCCGGCUUUAGAGAUUUACUUUUGUCUGCUAACAUCUGGUUUCUGCACAGAAAUUGUUUGAAUUUUUUUGCGUUGUUUUUUUUUUAAAACAGUUUUAACUCCUGUUUUGCUGUAUUUGUACAGCUCUAAAAUUAGUGAAAAUGCACUGAGAGCCAGAUAUAGAGGUGACCAGAAAUGGUCAGAUUUCAAACUAUAUGAUGUCCUCCCAAUCCUGAGCAGUUGUCAGGUCCAAAAUGAGUCUCCAGUGUCAUUCUUUACGCUCCAGAAAAAACUGGACCAAGGUAAUUCCUGGUGCACAUGCCUCACCUCCACUUGAGAGGACGGAACAUUGCUAACGAAGAGAGGGGUUAGUUAAUGCAGUGUUUAAAUUGUGGAAAGGACAGCUCAAGGUCAGGGGGAGGAGUCAAAGAGGACCAGACUGUUGGAAAGCAAUGAAGGAUAAUGUCUCGUCGAUCACGCCCCCAGUAAAACCUGUGACGACAUACAGAUGAAUUCAGACAGCCAGAAACAGGAGGCUUUAAUGAGACGUUCAAUGUUAAUGUAGCUUUUCUGGCAGAUCCAAGGUCAAGUUAGACCUACAGACAGAUGAUUUAUCUAAAUAUAUAGCACAACCUUCGAAGAAGGGGACAACGCUCUGCUGCACAAAAAACCUUAAAUCAUUGCUGGGAUGUACAGUCAAAAGGGGCAAUAAUUAAUUUGGGAUGAAGUUGUUUUCUAUUGAUUGUGUCUGUUCUAUGUACAUGUACUGUACGUGUGUUUGUGUCAGUUGCCUUCCCAUAUAGAUAAACAGGGUCAUGUUCCUCAGUUAGAGACUGAAGGUCUCUAGUGAGUCAGUAGCGUGAAAUAACAGCAGUGAGUGUUGUUGCGAUCUUGUCUCAGUCUGUAACCCAACAUCUUAUUAGGUGGCUCCAGGAUCACUCAUCUGCUGAAGAAUCCAACAAAAAGGCCCAAUGUUUUUUCCGACCUGGAAUCUCAAAGAGUAGCAGCACCUGAUGGAGAUGACAAAGUCUGAGAACUGCAUCUCUAUGGUGUUUCGUCAUGAACCCUUGAGCUGCAGCUGGUGGCUACGAAAAUAACCUCCCUGCAGCUUCGACUCCACUACCAGCAGAGCGAGAAGGCAGAUGUUCUCCAGGGGUUUCUCAAUGAGAUUCCAGCUGACAUUUGGAUAUCUCAAUUGGAAAGUUGUCGUUCCACUCUACUCCCAUUACUCGUCUUUCCAGUGGUUUGUCUUUCUCCGUCAGCUGAAUGCUCUUUUCAUUGUGCACUUCACUCCCACGACAAAGCUUGAUCCAUCCUGGGCCAACCUCUGACUGUUACUGUGUCCUCUGUAUAUAGGUAAUGCCGUUCAUGUGUUUUUAGUCGUGCUCUCUGUAAAGUGAUCGAAGCCCCAUUGGAAGACGUACUGUAUGUGGGACAAUUAAUUGCUGUAUCUGUGUUUGAAUGGUUGUAUUUUGAAGGUGUCAUCAUCCAGGGAUGGGUGGGUGGGUGGGUUGAUGUUUGUAAGGUUUGUGUCCACCUGGAGGAGGAAGUGGGUGGGGUUCAGGGGGUGUCAAGGGUUAACUAUCACAACUGGUCUAUACCAAGAGUGUCUUCAUCAAGGGAGUGGACAGGACAGGGUCUGUCCUCUUCGAAACAGGAACAUUUUUUUGCACCAAAGUCAUCAUCAAAGCGCAGCUUCUUCUUAUUCAAGGUCACUAUGGAUGGAUGAUAUCAGAACUCAAAAGGAUAUUUCUUUCUUUUUUGUUUCAAGACAAAGAAACUGUAUUUUUUUGCAUGAUUAAGUGUCGUCUUUUUAUUGGCUUGUGUGCCCGGUAAAAGCAUGACCAUUGUGUGAACUCUCACUUACCGGUGUGUUGGGAAAAUAAGGAAAUUUCUCCAUGAGAUUUUUUACUUAAGUCUUGACAUGAGCGUUCAUUGACAUUCAUAAUCAACUGUUUUACAAUGUGGGGUCUGUAACUGUUUGAAGGCUGCCUCGCAUGCAGAAAUGCAACUUGUAAGUAACCCAUCAAACUUCAAACCCAGUUACCAUAACUGCAUCUUUGUAAAACACCAUGGAUGUCAAUGCCAGUUAUCACAUAGCUAGCUAGACAUUGCAGUCUUGUAAAAUCGCUCUUUAUUAAAGCGUUGCUAUUUUCAAUACAUGUUUGAAUGCUUGCUCCUUUUUCAUACUAUGCCAGCAGCAUCAUGAAAGGUUGUGAUUGAAAGUCAAAGUACUGUAUAAGUGUUUGGUCUGGUCCAUAUCGUGAUGUUUUUAAUGUGUUUGCCCAGUCUUGUCCUGUCUGUCGUCAUAUACCCGACUUAAGUUUUUCUCAGUCAACUUUCAAAGCACCAACUGGUUUCCUGAAACCAGACUUGGGAGAACGUUCAAUUUUAUUUGAGACAAUUUGGUAAGAAAGCCAGGUAACCCAUCUGUGUAAGUACAGUUGGGUAUAAUGUCUAUCACUAUUUAUUAUUGAAUUGUCUCACUCUCUGUAUCCUUUUUUGUAGCAUAUAGUUUCAUUAUAAUGAAUAAACAAGUCCUUUGUUUUGCAUUUCUCCUGCCAGAUAAAUGUAAGAGACAGCAAAAAAGCUUCAGGGCGACUAUAACUUGCAGUAUUGAGUCUGGGGUUGGAUUUUCUUAAAGCCUCUUCAGACAACUUUGUCACUUUGUAGUUUGAGCUAAAAGGAAUUCACCAGGUUAAUCUAUUUGACAAAUAACUUUUUUCCCCUCCUUUUUUCCAAGUCUAAUAAAGGACUGAAAAAGAUUUAUAAAUGUUUCCUGCCGAGUAUUAACAAAUAUGCCGCCAAAAGAAGUAUCAAAGGAACACAUUUUUACAAAUGUAAACCUUGUCUACCAUAACAUUUUGAUUUUAUGACGGGGGUUUUCUGUAUAGAUCAUGAAUGCUGGAUGGCUUUUUACAU